AGGAGGGCAGCGGCGGCGCCGCUGCUCCCCCAGCGAUGGCCCGGGGCUACGUGGUCAUAGAGGUGACCCACCUGAUCAACCCGAGCAACCGCAGAGGCGAGACCCUGCACCAGCUGCUGGAGGACCUGAGCCCGUGCAUAGCACAGCCGGUUGAAGGCCCGCGGAGCUACGCCAAGGUGCGCAUCUGGGAGGCCCACAUCGACAUCGUCACGAAACUGAUCCAGGGCCUCCGGCGGACGCGGUCGAAGUCGCAGAGGGUGCAGCUGAAGAUCCUCGAGAGGAGCUGGCUGGGCCUGACUGCACUGAGGGCGGGCGCCGCGCUGGCUGGGCGAGCGAGGUGCGGGGAGGCGCUGCGGGGGGCAGGAGAGGGGCCGCCCGAGUGUGCCCACAUCCCCGAGCCCCCUCGCGUCGUGCAGACAAACUCGGGUUCGGUUGACAAAAGCCCACGUGGGCGUUCACACACGUUCGGAGUGUAUCGAAUAGUAGCGCGUGCCCAGAUUGCUGCCUGCGUCGAAGCUGACGCAGCUCGCAGUAUUAUUCAGUUUGUUAACGCGUGCCGGAAUUGCUGCCUGCGCCCCAAGUGUCGCAGUUCGCAGAGUUAUAAAGUUAUACAGUUGUUCAUCCAUCGCCCAGCGCGCUGCGCGCGUGCGAGUGCUCGCGGCGGGCUCUAUAGCGAGCGUGCUGGCCAGUCUCGACGCCAUUUCGGCACGCUCUCUGCGGGAGCAGCCGAAUGUGUGUCGUUCGUGCGCCUUCUGUCCAAUCCCUCCGCCCCCUCGUUCCUUCCCCCUCUCCUUCUUUUGAAGGCCCCGUCCUGGCUAGGCCCCUCCUAGGUCUGGCUGCCUGCCCUCCUGGCCAGGCCGGGCGCGCCGCUGCCCGUGCAUGGCUGCUCCGGGGGCCGGGCCGGGGUAUUGGGACCCCGCGCCCCCUCUGGCGGUGCCUCCGACGCCGCUCCAGGCGCGCUCCGCGCGCCACGGACACGAAUUGGCGUCGCCUUGCUCCCGCCGCCUUCGCCCCCCUCUUCUCUCCGCCUUCCCGUUCUGGGCGGCCAUCUCGCCUGCUUCUGGCACUGUGUUAAUGAGCUUCCUUCCAUGCCAUGGGCGCCGUAGCGCCCAUCCACCGUUUUAGAGGCGCUCGGGGAGCGCAAGGGCCGCUUGCGGAGGCUCUGCAGACAUCAGGCGCAGCAGAGCAGAUUGAGCAUCGAUGACCUGCUCGUUCUUCAUCGGCCAGGCCAGCCUGCCUGUGGGCAACUCCGCCUCGACCUCUAGGGGGGGCCCGCUGACGUAAUGCUUGACGCGCGCUGGGUCUGGGAAUGGUCCAGAAUAGCUGAGACUGCUGCUAUGAUAAUUAGGCAGGUCGGUCGGGCAUCGCGAGCGUGAGCUAGUGGUAGUUAGCUUUGGGAAUGCGCCAGAGUAGCUACGAAUAGCUACGGGGUGUUGGAGCACCGUAGCUGGAUAUACCUGACUAGAACGAGGCGUGGAACGGCCGCGGGCGCGAAUGGUGACGUACCCGGUGGCCUGGUGCUCUCGGGCGCGGCGUGGUGCUCG